AUGUCUGCCUCGUUGCUCUACCUCCUCGUGCCAGUCGGUGUCGGUGCCAGUCUGUACGUGAUCCGCAAACUGCGAGAAUGGAAAUGGGGCUGGGUGCGCAAUAAUGCGCCACUUCGCGGAAAGGUGUUCAUCAUCACCGGUGCCAACACGGGUCUGGGCUUUGAGACGGCCCAGGCGCUGGCCGCCCGACAAGCCACGGUCAUUAUGGCAUGCCGUAGCAUGGAACGGGCUGGUGAAGCUAUCCGGCGAAUCCGGCAGCACACACAACACGGGGAACUGAUUCCGAUCGAGCUUGAUCUGGCCUCGUUCGAGUCGAUCCGUGGCUUUAGUGAAGCGAUCAAAAGUAGGUUCCCGUCGUUCGAUUGUCUCAUCAAUAAUGCCGGGUUGGCCAUACAGACACCCACGUACACGAAGGAAAACUACGAGGUGCACUACGGGGUCAACCAUUUGGGCCAUUUCCUGUUGGUAGAUCUGCUGAAGGACAACAUCCGCGCGAAUGCAGCACGCAUCGUGGUGGUUUCGUCCAAGAUGCACGAGCGGGCACGGAUUGACUUCGACAACCUGGGCAAAUGGGUCGAACGUGGUCGAGGUGAUCGGUUCAACAAUUUGUACAACAAUUCGAAGCUGAUGAACUUUUACUUCGCCCGCGAGCUGUACAAGCAGGGCUACAACGUACACGUGUUGUGUCCAGGCUUGUGCCACACGGAUUUCUUCCGGGACUACAAUCCCAAGUGGUAUCACUAUAUUCUGUUCUCGCCGGUUGUGCUGCUGUUCCUGCGUUCCGCUCGUCAGGGAGCACAAAACAUCAUCCACUGCGCGACGGACAACGUUAAUACGGAGGAAAAGAACCCGGUUACCGGUUACUUCGUGACGAACAUCGAGCAAACCAAAUCCAAGGCCAAGUUCGACGAGGAAACCUCGGAACGGCUAUGGCGAGAAAGCGUUAAGGCACUCAACGUCUAGGACGAGGAUUCUUGACUCCGGUAUGCUAAGAUCUUUGGUUGUGGGAAUUUUUUCUGUUCGUUUUUGUCUUCAUCAAUAAUGAUCCGCAGUUGAUGGUAUUUAAUAAACCUUUUCCU